AUGCCCUUCGAGCGCAUUCCCCACGUCCCCGCGCUCCCGGCCCACGCUCCCGCCGCGCACGUACGCGAUCUGCGCACCAGGUCCAGCGCCUCGACGUGGUCCGCACCCGCGGUCCCGACGUGCCCGCUACGUCUGGCGCGCGCCCAUACACGCGCCCGACGCGGUGAACCCGUCGCCGCGGCUUGUUCUGCCACACUCCGCAUGCCACCAGCCCGCGCUCCGACGCGACCAACGCGGCCGAUCCGGCGUAUCCCGGAGCUUGGUCUUUCCUCCGCCGAGCCGCGCCGCGCCGCGCCGCCGCAGCCUCUGCGCCACCGCGCAGGACCAUCUUGGUACGAUUCUUCGACGACUCACGAAUCGGUCGGGACGGCGGCCGCACCACCCCGGGCUGCUGCGGACGUUGACCCCGCCGUACUCGUGCAAGCGUGGCUGAUGCUCAUCGGCCUCAUUCUCCUGGCCGUCGCCGUGUGGCACUACACCCGGCCGAGGAGAACCGUGGUCAAGCUCCAGGUUGCGUUGCUGGGCUUGGCAAAGCCGUUUCAGAAGGAACUGAACGAGAUUGCUGAGAAGGUGGAGGCUUCUAACCAGCGUUGGUAUAAGUUCAUAUUGACAGAGACCAUAUGCGCCUUGAACCGUCACAAUGAUUGCUGCGUCUCUUCAAGCUUAUCAGCUGAUGUCAAAGUUGGAGCUGAUUCUUGGGAGGGGCAUUUCGAUAAAAUUUCUCUGGAGGAGAGGAGCAAAUUUGAUGAAGAAACACUUUACAACUUGGACGGAAUCAAGAGGAAGAAAGAGUACUCCAAGAAACCAGAUGGCUUCAGCAACGAAUAUAUAGUGGUAACCAUCCUAGUGGCUGCUGAUGGAGCACUGAAGUUCGCAGAAAUCAAAACACCUGCUGAUCUGGUAGCCGUACUGGAAAAACUUAAUUCUAUACCUACAAGAGAAAUCCGGGGUGUUAAUGUUUUAUGGACUCCUCAAGAAGAGAACGACAUUCUUUCCGAAGAGAGGCUUCUUGCGGAUUAUCCUAAUCUGAAGCCCCUGAGUGAUUACUAGGAUGACAUACCUCUGAUGUUCCUAGAUAAGCCCUGGUCAUUUUUUAGGUGCUAUCUCUAUAAGUAAAAUCAUCUAGAGUAUAUACUGGAAGUGUCCAAUCGCGGCAAUUAUGAUGAGGGCUAAAUUCCAGUUUUGAUUUGGCACUGAGUAUCUUUGUCAUUUCUUAGCUUAGGAUAUGAGGCUCGUAUUAGACGCUAGUCAUGGAUAAACUUGCAAAAAAGACUAGUUCAAAUU